ACACAUUGAUUUGGAUCACACAGAUUAAUCAGUUCACUCAUAUCCAUCAUGCCUUUUCCACAAUUCAGUUCAUUGCUUCUUUUUUUGUCCAUGAUUUUCUGCCUAGUGGUGUCAGAACUUCUGGUAAAACUUCCUAAUGGACUGAUUCAAGGAUACACAAGGAAAUCUCCAAAUAACGUUGCCUUCAAUGCUUUCCAAGGCAUCCCAUAUGCCAAACCACCUCUAGGAAAACUAAGGUUUCAGCCUCCUGUUCCAGCAGACAAUUGGGAAGGGAUUCUUCAAACUAAGAAGGAUGGAAGUAGAUGUUAUUCGGUGAAAAAAGAUACAAAAGAUGAAAAUGAAGACUGUUUGUUCAUAAAUGUGUAUACGCCUGUUUUGAAAAUAGAAAAUGCAACUUUACUCCCCGUCAUGGUAUAUUUCUAUGGGGGAGGUUUUCGAGACGGGGCAUCUCAAUACAAUGUUUAUGGUCCAGAUUAUUUAAUAGAACAUGACGUUGUCAUGGUGUCCAUGAACUACCGAGUGGGCCCAUUUGGUUUCUUGACGACUGGUGAUAACGUGAUACCUGGCAAUGUUGGACUGAAAGAUCAAGUACUUGCUCUUAAAUGGAUCCAAAAAAACAUUGGAUUAUUUGGCGGUGAUAAUACAAAAGUAACUAUUUUCGGACAGAGUGCAGGAGCUGCUUCAGUUGGGUUUCAUAUUGUCAGCAAGCAAUCCUCUGGACUGUUCAGGGCCGGGAUAGCUGAAAGUGGGUCAGCUCUUAGUAACUGGGGUUACCUGGCUGAUCCUAAACCAUAUGGUUACGAGUUGGCCUCUAAAAUUAACUCUACUAAAAAUUUUGAAACGAAUGAAGACCUGCUUGAGUUUUUACAGAGCGUUCCUGCAAAAGUGAUAGAUAUAGCUUCAACGAAAACAACUAAUAUAGACCAUCCCUUACCAGUUAUCGAGGUUGAACACGAGGGAGCAUUUUUGACCAAGAGCAUGUAUAGUAUGUUGGAGAAUGGAGAAAUAAACAAAGUUUCACUAUUGAUGGGUGUGAACUCGGAAGAGCAAAUUCAUCUAGCCGAAGAUAUGGACUCACUAUAUACCACAGCUGAAAAUUGCAACAAACGGCUGUCCAAACUCAUUCCUGAAAAUAUGAAUUUGAAAAAUAAAACAGAUGCAGACAUUGUAGGUAAAAAGAUUAAAGAAAUUUACAUGAAAAGUGAUAGCAACAUGCAGGACAACCUGGGUUUGACUAUCGCGUACAAAAGCGAAAGUCGUUUCUACAAUCCUUGUAUAAGACACGCCCAAUUGCAGUCAAAAUAUACCGAUGUAUAUUUUUAUCAGUUUUCAUAUGCUGGAGUAUUGGGAGCAAAUACAAAUAUCAGUCUACCAGGUGCUGAAAAAUGUACUCACGGCGAAGAAUUAUAUUAUAUUUUCAAACGGAAAAUGAACAGUUAUGACAAUACAGAUUUGAGUAUUUUUUCGGAGGCGGAUGUUCUUACACAAAAAAGAAUGGUCAAAAUAUGGACUAAUUUUGCCAAAUACAUGAACCCGACACCAACAAAAGACCCACUUCUUCAGAACAUAAGUUGGCCUAAAAUGGAUACAGACGAAACGCCAUUUGUGAAUAUCGCUAAUGACCUAUCAAUUCAGUCCGAAGUAAAAAAUGGAAGAUAUCUUAAGUGGAUACAGAUAUUCGAAGAGUACGCCAAACAUCCUCUGAUUGUAUUUUAACAGAUAAUUAUGCAUUAAAUGCAAUUUUUGAAUUUAUUAGUUUCAAAGAAGAAUAAAAGACAUUAAGAAAAUA